AUCGUCACUUUUAAAUUCAUACGUCCGACAAUUCUCAGAAUCGAAAUUAGAUGAAACUUAAGAUAAAAGCGAGGUGUCCAAAAGUGGUCAAACAAAUGUUUAAGACUGAAAGUAAAGUGCCAUUUCCGUGUGUUGGGAGCCACGGUUCUUAUACAGUUCUGUGGUUGGAGUCGAAUCAAAGGAUUGCCAGCACACAAGAAAAGCAGGAAACCAGAAGUAAAAUAUUCUGUUGCAGUCAUAGCUAAUUUACAGUGCUACUUAAACUCAGGUGCGAUCCUGGGCGCACGUCGCCAUGAGGAACCGACACAGGGGAGGGAACCUGGGCCUGCUGCUGCUGGCCUCGCAGGUGUUCCAGAUGGGGACGGACAACAUCCCGCCCGUGACACUGGCGGCCCUGGGGCUGAACGUCUACCUGUUCCUGUUCCCCCUGGCGCCCCUGAUGCGCGCGUGCGUCAGCGUGCAGACGUGCUGGGGCGGGGACUGGCGUCGCCUGCUCCUGGCCCCCCUGCACCAUGCCGAUGACUGGCACCUGUACUACAACAUGGUGUCCCUGCUGUGGAAGGGCUCCCGCCUGGAGCGCAGGCUGGGCGGGCCCUGGUUCGCUUACCUGCUGUCCGUCUUCUCCCUGCUCACGGGCGUGGUCUACCUGCUGCUGGAGAAGGGGCUGGCUGAGCUGACCGACGACCCCUCUUACAACAUGCAGUGCGCAGUGGGCUUUUCAGGAGUGCUGUUUGGCUUAAAGGUGGUGAAUAGCCAUCAAUUUCCUGGGGGUGUCACUAACGUGAUGGGCUUUCCAGUGGCCAAUAGUUAUGCCUGCUGGGCGGAACUGAUCCUCAUUCAUGUGAUGUCACCAGGGACCUCAUUUGUGGGACAUCUGGCUGGUAUCCUUGUGGGCCUUCUCUACACCAAAGGUCCUCUGAUGUCUGUCAUGAAAGUGUGUGCAGGAUUCAGUGGGACACGUUCAAAUUCUCCAUACGCCCAGAACGAGCGCCCCCAGGCCCACACUCCCCGUCCGGGGCUCAACCCCUACACCACUGGCCUAUCAGAGGAGGAGGAGUAUGAGGCUGCAAUCAGGGCCAGCAUGAGAGACCGAGGGGGCGCUACUCAUGAAAGCCCAGCGUACGGGUUUCAUAUCCCACCAUCACAACCAGAUAAUUUGGAGGAGAUUCGCCUACGCAGACUGCAGAGAUUUGCCCGCUGACGGGGAAUGCAUGCAGUGUUCAAGAGAGGAUCGGGCCCUGAAGGGUUAACACUGCAGACUUUGGGUGGCACCAGUUUUCUUUCCUCAGUUUGAACUACAGCCAAAACAUAUGUGACUGUUUACAAAUUUGGAGGUAGCUUGACGUUCACAAUCCAGCUAAGUGCUGAUUAUCUUCUAUUCUCUGAUAAGCGCUUGUAUAAUUAUUUUGGUCACAGCUUUUUGAACCGUACAAAGGUUUCUCAUAACGUAAUCUGCCCGGUUUUGCAAAUCAGUCCAUUUCUAUUAUACUGAAAGUAAACCUGGUCAGGACUGGACUUAGUCCUGCCCAACAUCAGUGGACUGAGUCAUUUAAAACAGCUUUGUUUGGCUUGAAAGGAUGUUGCUUGGAUAUGAAACAAUAAUCUGUUCAUUGUAUUUCUAGUGCUGAUUACAAAAGAUAUAUUGUGUUUGAAUAGUAUAUUCCAGUAUGUCCUUCAAUAUGUUACAUUUGGAAUAAGGUUAAGAAUUUGUACAUAUAUUCAUUUAUUUUUUUACAUAAAUACUUUUGAUGUUGACA